UACGUAUUACCGCACAGUAUAACACCCGUUUGGGGGUGGCUGGGAAAUCGUGGUUCGAGUCCCGCUCGAUCAUGCCUUAGCUGCGUCAAACCUACAUGUAUUGCGUAAAAAUAGAUCGAUUGUUCAUUUACCAACGGUCGACAUUCAGAAGCGGGAAUCGUGGGUAUUUUAGGUGUAUCAGACCUUAAAACCCGGAGUCCUGCAUCGCGGCAGGCGUUAGCACAUUAAGAAGCCCCGAUCGUUAAUCAUCGCACUAACUUUCUGGUGCUUAACCGAUAGUUGGUGACGUCAAUAUGAAUUUAAAAAAUCACGGAGGAACAUAAAACGAACAAACUUUCGUAUUGUUAUUUGGGUCGUUUGUAAUAAGAUACGGGCGAAUAGAAAAAUCCCCUUACGAUGAAUGACAUGAAACCGAAAGUAGAAAAAACCUGUUUUAAGUUUAUUUUUUUACAUGGAUCGAUAUUAUUUCAUGAUUCGAUUACAAAUGUAGCUCUUGAAAGACUGGUUUGAUGAAUGUAAUCAAAGGAACCAAAAAUCGACAGUCUUCACCUGGGAAAUUACGGACCCAUGGAUUGAACAUUUGCAAUUGUACCUGUACAUUAAAUGAAAAUCCCAAUUCCAUCCUUCCUCCUGACGUUCAGAAUAAAGGAGAAAUGGCUCACCAGUCGGUGGACUCUUCUGCAUGCGCCGUCACAGACAGACAAAUGGCUGACCAGACGGUGGAAUCCAUUGCAUGUGCCGUCACAGACAUAGCUUUGAAGUCCGAGGACACAGCAACAACAGACGAAAUUCUCCUCGUGGCUGCUCUUGACUUUGGUACGACCUACUCCGGAAUAGCGUGGUCUCACACUCACGAAUUCGAAAAAUAUCCCCUUCGGAUCAGUUGUCUCCAUUGGUCAAGCAUGCUUGGUCCGUCGCAAGCCACUUACAAAACGCCGACGUCUCUGUUACUGAAAUCAAAUGGAGAAAUGAUAGCGUUUGGAUACGAAGCGGAGGAACAGUACGCAGAAUUGGCAGACGACAAUGCCCAGUCUGGAUAUUGCUUUUUCAAACAUUUUAAGAUGUUACUCUACGAAAAUGAGAUUCUGCGCAGUGAUACUGUCCUCGUGGAUGAUGAAGGUCAUCCAAUGCAAGCGAAAGAUAUUUUUGCACAGAGCAUCAGUUAUAUGAAACGCCGUCUGCUGGAAGACUUGAAAUCUAGAGGAAACAUGAUAAGAGAAGAGAAUAUACUGUGGGUCAUCACGGUUCCCGCCAUAUGGAAUGAUGGCGCGAAACAGUUCACACGGGAGGCGGCGGUGAAGGCUGGCAUACCAAGGAAAAGAAUGAAGCUGGCAUUAGAACCUGAAGCUGCCUCAAUAUACACCAUGAAAGUCCAUUCAGAAAGAUCAAAAGAUCAGUUACCACAAAUUGGACAAGGAACUAAAUACAUUGUUCUUGACCUUGGAGGAGGAACCAUUGAUAUAUCACUCAAAGAGGUAACCGAGGAUAUCACUAUUAAAGAGGUCCACCACGCUAGUGGUGGCCCGUGGGGAGGACGGGAAGUUAACAUACAGUUUAUGAAGUUUCUGGAAGAGCUGAUUGGAAAAGACGUAAUAAAGGAACUGAAAACAACACACAAAGCAUCUUGGCUGGAUUUGGAGAGGGAAAUCGAGUUAAAAAAGAGAAAUACAAAGGGAGAUAAUAAUGGCAGAGUUCUAUUCCAAAUUCCUGCAGAACUGCAGGAGGUUUAUCAAAGCAAAACUGGCAAGAAACUGAUAAAUGCAAUUGGGUUUGAAACAAAAUACGCGGGGAAAGUAGAUGUUAAACGCAAUUGUCUACGAAUAGAUAAAUCCAUCAUUGAAACUUUCCUUAAGAAAUGCUUGGACAACAUUGUUAAGCACACAAAAAGCCUGCUGGCGAAACCUGAGGCUCGGGACACAAAAUACCUCGUUCUUGUGGGGGGCUUUGCCGAAUCUGAGUUUAUGAAAACUGAAAUACCAAAGGCACUUGGCAAUCUUCAGAUAUACAUUCCAGACGAUCCAUGGCUAGCUGUUAUGCGCGGGGCUGUUAUAUUUGGACAAAAUCCAUCCGUCGUCAAAUCCAGAAUUUCUAAAUAUACCUACGGAACCGCUGUCAUAAGAUACUUCAUCGAUGAGUAUGAUGACCCAGAGCAGAAAAUAAAUCAAGAUGGCAAUCCGUACUGCAAAAAUGUAUUCAAUAAACUCGCAGAAGUUGGUCAGUCGUUUGAAGUUGGUGAAACGGCCGAAAACGAGGUCUACGCACACAGAGCAGAUAUGACGAAGAUGAGAAUAAAAGUAUUCAAGUCUAAUGAAGCGAAUCCUCGUUACGUUACGGAUGAAAACUGCAAACAGAUUGGAAAUAUGUUGCUCGAUAUGCCCGGCUAUGGAGUUGAAAGAAAGGUAACUGUGUCGCUAAGCUUUGGUGAAGAGGAGAUUACAUGUAAAGGAGUAAAUAAGGCCACUGGAGAGUCAGUUCAUGUGAGGUUAAACCUUCUCUCUAACGAUUAAGUAAUGAAGAUGAUACGGUUAAACGAUAUACAGUGAAAUCCGGUUAAUCCGUCAUGCACUAGGAGACAAAAUAUCUCUCUGAAUACAUAGUGAGAAUGAAAACAAGCGUUGGAAUGUCCAGUGAUACGGUUUACACAGGUGUGGAUUAGGCAGUUUUCACUGUAUAUUACAUCGUGUAUUCCAACGCCACGUGACGUCAUCUCACAACCAUUAUUGUAAAUUGACAGUUGUUUAUUCAGUUUUGAUUGUAUGAUAUUUACCGAUGUAGAAUUGUAUUUUUCACCAUCAUUAUACACAUGUUUAUAGGGGUAUUGUUACUAAGAUAGGGAGAGGUGGAAAACGAUAUAAAACAUGGUCAUUGUUCAGAUAGAGGUGAUAAAUAGAAUACCCAUAUCUAUCGUAACUGAAUCAUAUCUUACUCAUUGUGUGUUUCUAUUCCCCAGAAAAUGUUUCAUGACACAUAACUCGUUUAGCAAGAGGAAUAUGUCAUACAAUUACACACAUAUACUACCGUUGUAGUCAUAGACAUCUUUAUAAUUUUGCAAAACGUUCAAAUCUUAUUUAACUUGCCUUCUUGCACUAAAACUCCUUUUAUAUCGAUCGAAGUAUUUCACAUCAUCUCAUUCCACAAGUUUAUUGUUGAAAGGAUAUUGAAAGACUGCAUAAACCUUUGAUUUCAAGACAAUUAACAUGAACAAUGAGAAGGUAUGUGAUAAUUAUAUUAGUAAUACGUUUACAGAGAUGAACGGAAGUUAAUGAAAAUGUUACUCAAACAAACCUCCCACUUAUACAGUCAUGUACACUGUCCAGCAUGAAUAAGUAUACACAUACGCAAAAUACACAUAAAUAAGUAUACACAUACGCAAAAUACACAUAAAUAAGUAUACACAUACGCAAAAUAGCUUUCGACAUUUUAACAACGUAAAGGGUGUUUGUUUGUUUUUUUACCGAGGCAACUGCCUCGGUUGCCUCAAUGGAAGCUACGCCACUGCAAUAUAAUGAAAAAGAGAUGAAUUCACUGUGUAUAACUUUCAAUUUAUCUCAGUAAAAUAAUCAGUUAAGGGUACAACUUCAAUAUAUGUGAAACAAUAAUGGACUUUCAACGUUUUGGCAUAGUCUGUUAAAUUGUGAUAUUGAUUUAUUUAAGGUGAAAAAUAAAAAGUUCUUAUAAAAGUACACAUUAAAUACACAAUAAUAUAUAUUAGUGAUUAAUUUUGAAUGGUUUCCAGAUAAACGUUUGCAUAUCUCGAUUUAGAAAAUUCAGAAAAUGAAGUAUUUUGAUAAAAAAAAAAAGAGACAUAAAAAGUUAAAAGCCUAAUGUUAUCUAUUUAUAUGUAAGAGUUAUGUAUUUUGCAUAAGAAAAUCUGUAUCUAUGAUGUAAUCCAUAUUUUGUAUGUGCGCAAUUAACUUAUUUUGGUGAGUGUAUACUUAUUUAUGGUGGGCAGUGUAUAUAUGCAGUGUGGCUUUGUAAGUUUUUCCUCAUCACGAUCAUCUAAAUGGUGUAAAACGUUUAGUGGCUACUUUUUAUGUUUUAGUAUUUCAUAUAUCAUAGGAAAAGUGUGGUUACAUUUGUAUCAAUAUAUCAGUUGGUCCACUAUUUGGUGCAAGUUGAGAAUUCAAUGCAUUUGUGAAAUGAUUUACUAGACUAUGAUCUUUACGAUCUGUAAUGUUGAUUUACCUUUUAAUAUCUCUACCGCAAUUUAGCUCUUUUUCUGUUUUAUCCCCUUCUUUAUAUAUUACUUUGAUAUUAUUUUAUUCCAUUAUCUUUUUUAUCCACAUUUAGACCAUAUAACUUCUACAUAUUUCAAUAUAUUGUAAAGAAUACUGUAUCUUGAUAUCAUAAGGAAUCUGAAAAAUAAACAGAUUAUGAAAUAUU